AUGAAGGAGCUGCUUUUUCAAAUAAUCUGCAUCACUGUAGUCCUGCUCUGUGCUGCGGCCUCUCCUCCACUGAGUGAGGACACGCUGAAAAACCUGUCCGAUGCAGGGGAGCAGUAUGUCAACGAGGAAAUAAAGAGAGCUUUACUCGGGGUGAAGCAGAUGAAGGAAAUGAUGGAGAGGAAAGAAGAGAAGCACAGACAUCUCAUGGACGCAUUGAGACACAGCAACGACAAGACGAAGGGGGCAAUGCAGCUGGCGAGGGAAACAGAGCAGAAACUCAAGGAGGCUGAAUGGCAGUGUCAAGAUUUAACCAAAUCAACCUUUGAGGAGUGUCGUCCUUGUCUUGAAGACACUUGUAAGACAUUCUUCACCUCAGUGUGUCGACGUGGUUUCACCUCUUUUUCAUUCCAGGUGGAGGAGUUUUUCAGAAAAAUGGCGUCCCAGCUGGAAGAAACCGAUCAUGUUUACAAUCAAAACGAAGAGCACGCAGGUGGAACCGACUCAGUUCAGAUCCAGGUCGCAGAAGACAAAGCCGACCUGGAGCUGCUGCAGGCCGACACAUCGUUCAACCAGCUGCUGUCAAACACCAGCCUCCUGCACAACCAGAGCGUCCAUCUGGUCAAGAAGAUGCAAGACGAGUUCGGGAAUACCUUCUUGGCGGCCUUCACGACUGAGCUGCAGCCCAGUUCUCUUUCGGGCAUGCAGAGCGGCUCGAGUGCCGGCUUCUUCAGGACCGUCGGCCUGGAUCACAUCCUGGACUCGGUGUAUGACUUUGGGAGGAAUGUGCUGGAGGAAUUCAGCUCCACGGUAGCUGAUGUGUUUGAGGAGAUAGAAGAGGCUGAGGAGUAUUUUCAGCAAUCAGGCAGAGAAGCAGGCUCAGUUCCUGGUUUUGGACAGUCCCAGAGCAGACAUCUGUGCAAACGACUCCGCAGGCAAGCAUCAGAGUGCUGGCAGCUCCAAGGCUUGUGCGAGACAUGUGAGGAAUAUCUGUUAAAAGAGUGUCCCACUGUGCAGCAGUUGCACUCUGAGAUGGAGGAGAUGUACAUGCUGCUGAACGCCUCCCGUCAGCAGUACGACGACAGGCUGCAGCUGGUCAAGAGACACACGGCAGACACGCAGAGGUGGCUCAGCAAAAUGGAUGACAAGUACGGCUGGGUCAGCCAGCUGUCUAACAGCACAGUGGGACCAAACAACAUCUUCAGUGUGAUCACGGUGGAUCCACAGCAGAUGAAGACUAACACACCUAAAUCUGACAGCAGUGUGGUUGUAACCAUACUGGACUCCGCCCCGAUAACCGUCUUGGUCCCUGCAGAUCUGGAGGUGGAUGACCCCAUUUUCAUGCAGUAUGUGGCCCAGGAGGCUCUGACGCUCCAUAAACAGCAGUUAUCUGUUUUUCUCAACGCAGGAAUGCAGUAA